AUGUCAAAGCAACCUGAUUUACCCAAGAAUUCAAUCAAUUCUGCAAUAAUUGGACUUCAAGACACAUUACGCAACCUUCAACAACAAUGGCCAUGCCUUCAAAAAGACGCUACAAAUAACACAAAACAGCCUAAUGAGCUUCAUGCACUAGGACCAGUGAAUCUAGAUAAAGCAAGACAGGAAUUCUCUCAGCAUAUCAAUUCGAUACGUAACAUAUGCUCACAAUUCGAAACUGAAGUCUUGGGAGAUGUCAUGAAAAUGGGCGCUGGAGCUGAUCCCGCGUUUCGCAAGCACUUUACUCAUUUAAAAGAACAAGCAACCCUCGAAAGUGCAGUAAUUCGAUUGAAGAAUAUAUUAAUAAAGUCCAAGGAACGUCUGGAAGAAUCACUCAAAGAGAAGGACGAAAGCAAGUCAAAGAUAGAGAUACAGCGACUCGAAAAGAUAGCACAAUCCAUGGGGCUGAUUACGUUUGUUGAUUCAUCCAAGAUGUUUGAAACGGAAAACCCUAUAACCACGAUAACACUAGGAGGAACAUUAAUUGUGAUUGAUAUUGAUAUUGACGAUAUGGGUCGGAUACAUAACACAAAGGUUACCUUUGUAUCAGAGUCAAUGCAUGCCGAAGAAGGUGAUAGAGUAGAUAGGAUACUAAAAGAGAACCUUCAAUCAUGCAAUUUUGAACUGUUUAAAAGAAACCUGCAGAGUUUAGCAUUACUAGAUCAACUGAAUGUGAAGCAUAAACCUAUGGAUUUCUUUUCUAUUAUAAAUAACCUAUUAAAAGACUUGAAGACAAUAUGCUCUAAUGAACUACAAGUAGAGCCUGACUUGUCGACGAUAUUGCUCGAAGGACAUGGUAUACCAUGCUUACAUCUGAACUAUCCUGGUAUCUCUAUCUGCUACUGGAUAGACAAAUCCCACAAUGACAUAGACUGGGAGCAAGUAAAAGAACAAUACAUACUAAGGGACGAGUAUCAUCCUAUACUGAAUCAAUCAUCCAAAUUGCUAAUAUCGUUUGAAGACUGUAUUCAAGAGAUGCACUAUCUACCUACGACAAGACCCAAUUAUUUACUAGAAUUCGAUGAAACUGAGGAAGACAUUGACAGUGAACAAUACAGAGUCGUUUACGAAAACAAUUAUCCAAAGUUUAUGUCUCCCCUGAGAUUUGUUAAGCCGCUUUCCUCGGCACCUUCAGUACAGAUUAGAUUUAUUGCCACACUUGAUCCUCCUAUACCAGUAUCUGACGGGCUAUGCCAGAAAAUAAUGAAUCUUUCAGGGAUGAUCAAUACAGAUUCAGUCAUCUCAGACCAUGUUGUUGCAUCAACCACGUCAACAUCAGCGACAAACGAAACAUUGUCACUAGAAGAAAUGCUUGUACUUGAUAUUGCCCCAACCAAACAAUAUAUUCACGAUAAUCAAAUCUAUAAAUGGAUGUCUUCUUCAAAAGUCUCUGCAAAAAUUGUAACUAGAAUUCCAUUUCAGCACCCAGUGCAACUUUACAGUAUCAUCCAGUGCCUUAGACAGCAAGAAAUGUUUAAUAUACUGUUUAAAUCGAUAUUCAGCACUACUCAAGUCAUCAAGAAUUCUAUGGACAACACUGUUUCCUUUUCUUUAAAGGGUAUCUUGGCUGAGAGCGAAAAGGAAGAUAAUCUCAUAGUUGAAGUGGCUACUGUAGACGCGCCUUAUUCGAUACACAUCACAAUAUCACCACCACUGGCAUCAUCGUUCGUUAUGGUACCAUUAUCGAUCGACAUUCCAGCAAACGAUCCUACGAAACCCAUCGUCCGUUUACAGUCUUCACCAAUUCAUAAAUGGAAUACAAAUGUGUUUAAACAAGACCUCAUGUCGAAAGAGCUUCAAUCCACCUACAACCUCCCAGCCUUUAUUCGAUGGUUAUCCAAUCGAAUGAGUCAAGACAGUUUUAUCAAACGAGAAAGACAAGAAGACGAUAUGAGUCUUGUAUUUAAAAAAGCGAUAAAAUACGAAUAA